AUGUCGCUGUUUCGAGCCCGAGAAUGGUGGUCAACCAAGCUCGGGGAAGGGGAAGAGUUCGACAAAGGAUCCAUGGCCCUGGGUAAUGUUGACAACGACAGUAUGGGCGGCGUCAAGGUUGUGACGGGAAGCUUUCAGGGAGUGCUGAGAGUGCACCACCCCGUGAAGGCCGACUUUCGCAUCGAGGACCUCCUGUUGGAGCAGGAUCUUGGCACCCCGAUACUCCAAGUUUCCGUUGGGCGAUUUAUUCCGUCUGCUCCGCAAAUCAACGCUAUCGCGGUGCUUCACCCUCGAAAGCUCGGGGUUUAUACCGUGGAAGCCGUGGGCGGGACCGGAGCAAAGGCGAGCUACUUUGACCUGGUCAAGGCGUAUGAGCACGUGCUCGGGAUCGAGGGAGGGGGGCACUUCACCUCCUGCAAUAUGACGCACGGAGGAUUUGGGGGCAUAUCACGGGAUCUGCUGUGUGUGCAGAGUAUGGAUGGUCGCCUGCAGGACGCGCACGCUUUCACACGGCGAUUGAAUGGCAUAUUGGUCCCUGGACCGUUGUGUUACGUGGCGAAAAUCGACGCGUUUGUGGUGGGCAACAGCGAGAUGGGCGUUGACUGCUACAAGUAUCAGAUCAACUGCAGCAGGAGGAGGAGCCGUGGCAGGAGCCGCUUGCGUAGAAGAAGUUGGCUCGGGUUGAACGAACAAGAUGAUCUGUUGCGCCUGUGCUGCGGUCGAAGCAGUUGUGGAAGAAGCGGAGGUACUUGCAACGCGGUAGUCUGCUCUUCUUCCUGCACGUUCAUGUUGUUGAAGGUCUCCAAGCAUGGCGUUUCCCGCACACGAAGGGUGUAUGUUGUGUGUGAUGCCCACAGGGGCAGAUGCCGCCACCCCGACUUGAAUAUCGAACGUGCGAACGCGCAGGCGCUAGCCGCCAGCCAGGAGGACCGAGAGAAAGGGAGAAGUGAAGGCAUCUCCGCCGCUCGCGGGCUGCAGGCAUACUGGUCUUGCCAGCUGGGAGAAGCCGUCCUGGACGUGUUCGUCGCCAAGUUUAGCCGCGCGCUGGGACCCGGGUGCAUCGAUAUCGUUGUCGUGGGCGAACGAACCCUCUUCACUCUGCGCGAGCAGGGAACCGUACGACUGCAGAAGGUUCUCGGUUACCAGCCGGCAUGCGCGUGUAAGUACGUGGUGGUUGCCGGCCCCGGAGAGAAGGGCGCGGGGCUGACAGGCACGACGGUGAAGGAGAUCGACGAAGGGUUUGCCACCGUCGUCGAAGAGGAGAACCUCGUCAUCGGGGCGGAUACUGACCAGCUGAUGGUGUACAAAGACCUGCAGUUAGUGUGGCAGGCGACGGUGAGACGUGCCCCCGUGGCGCUCACCGUGGCUAAGUUUGGCGCCGUGCCCGGCAUUGUGUGCAGCUUAGACGAUACCGGGGUCCUGAGCGCAUGCUAUCAGGGGACUGACCCUCCCACGUCGGCCGUAGUGGCUGCCGAGAGGAAGGACAUUGACUACGACCAGAUAAAUCAGGAGCACCGGAAGCUGUUGCAGAUCAUCCGGCGGAGUCAGACCGACUCCGCGCGGCCACCAGCGGGCAAACUAACCCUCCACGCGCAGGUCCCGCGGUUUCUAGACGACGGGAGAAGAGAAGGAAGGCAGCAACAGGGCCGGCGGGACGGUGAUGGACGGGCGGCGGGGAGCUUGUACGACGACGACGCCCGACGGGGUUCCUACGACGGAUCUUUGCGGUCCUUGCCGCCUUUGUCGGUGGCCGCCGUGGAGGGGCACCAGGAGAAGCAGCGUCAAGCUGGCGUUGUCUCCAUGACUGUGAGGUUCGUGGUAACGUAUUCAGGUCCCGGCGAGGUCCGAGAUGCCACGCUGAAUGUCGUCCCUCCGCCGGGCUUCUCCGCAAAACCGUCGUCGGUCCUGCUGCCUCCGGUUUGGAGAAGCAACGGUAGCGGGAACGAGCCCAUCGUGGUAGCAGUAGUUGUGAGCGCGGAGCGAGGGACACAGCGGUUACCGUCGACUCUGGCCGGAGAGGCUUCGGUGGUGUGCACCAGACAGGGGACGGGCGGGGACGGGCGGUGCGAACCGAUGUCGGCGCGAUGCGUUCUGUUGCUCCCGCUCGCCUUGGCCGGGAAGGUGGUGGAACCGGUCCCCAGGAAAGGCGACGGUAACGCACACAACUUCGCGUUCAGUACCACUCGGCCAGCCGUGCCGCUUAGCACUUUGUUCGAGGACAUGGCAACUUCGUCGUCGCCGAGUGGCGACGGUGGCGAUGGUGCUUCACCGUCACCCCCGAUCAAUCGCGGUGCGAGUUCGCUGGAAAACUCCAAAUCGAACGGAGCUGGGGGGGGAGCACCGGCGGCAAAAUUUGGAGACAGCGGCGGGGAGGCAUUAGUUCCCCGUAGCAUGAGCACGGCAUUCUCUCUGCGCUACUGGGCCGUCGACGCCGGCUCCGAGGGAGGAGGCCAGGACGUAAGCGUGACGGUUUCGAACAACUCUGGACGGUAUCGGGUACAGAGCGAGUCCCUGCCAGCCGCCUGCAUGAUGGCGACAGAAGUGGUGAGGAGGCUCAGGGAGCACUUCGGCGACCCUGCCGGGGGGCGAAAUCGCGGCGGCGAAGAACGCCCAGCGGCAGACGAGGUCAAAACAGGCCCGGAGACGGCAAACCGCCUCAAGCUGGCACCACAUGCCCACGCCUACGUACACCGCCCUCAUUCCGGAGCAGAUCCGUCCUGCCUCCGAAUCGAGUACUCGGAUGCCCUUCCCCUGCAAGAGUUCUACGCCAUAAUCGACGAGCACUACGAUCGUAGAAGAGACCUCCAGGACGCUUCCGAGAGCCUGAAUCGCGCCGCCCACCAGUACAGGGUGGUAGAAAAGCGCCUUCUUUCGCGAUUCAAGGAUCGGAACCCCGCUCCGCUGGACAGCCUGGACGUCGUGUCGGAGGAGACCUACCAGCGUCUGGUCGAGCUCUGCGAUGGCGUGGAGAGAGCGCAGGAUCGACUGGCGGUCAGCGCCGCAAGACUUGGGUGUGCGGUGAGGCUGGUGGCACUUCUCGCACAGCACCGGUUCCAACUAUCGUGCAAAGACCAUGAGCUCCUACUGGCGCACCUUUACCCCGACGUGACCAACACAGAAGAUCAGGGCUGGGAAGAGAGCGUCGACGCAGCGGUAACGCACCUCCUGCGAACCUCUCUCGCCAAAGUUGCGAAGGAUGCUGCCCCGCCAUCGGCAGGGCAGACGCCGCCUCUCUCAAUGCCAGCGGAUACGGUGAAGCUCAAGAAGCACCUAUCGAUCGUGUUCGACCGACUGAACAAGGGGGCCCGACUCGUUGUUCUACCCUCCUCGUCUCGUCCUUCGAGCCCUAGAUCAUCGGCGGCGGCCCCUGAUAGCCAGACGUCUGUGUUGUUGGCGUCGUCACCCCGGCGGGGUGUUUCGCCGCCGUCGCGAGGAGCACCAGAGCGCGGCUACAAUUUGUGUGUUACUUGGUGUGGUUCCAAACGUAUCGCACCGAUGUCCGCUAAGUGCGGGGUGUCUGGUGCUGUUGCGUGUCUCUGGCCUCUGGCGCCCUCGCACAACCUCGAGACAUCGAGAGAGACAGCAUCAUCGGCCAGGAUGCCACGUGCUCAAUCAGCACCGUUAAACUUCUUCGUGGUGUUGGUGGUGGCCUUGAGUACCGCCCGGGCGUUCGUUGUCCAUUCACCGCCUUCAAGUAGCAGUUGCCCCUUCAACAGGCAACGCUGCAGCAGCAGCACAUCCAUGACAGCCCACGGUCACCACCUCCACAAUGGCAAGACGCCCGGUGGCAACUCUUCUCCAAUUAUUGCGGCCACCGGCCAGGCCGCGCCGACACCUCCGCCGGCCACCUCCUCCUCGACCGACGGCAAGGGUAGCAACACCAACCGAAAACGCCGGAGACGACGUCGUGGGCUAUUGAUUGGGCCGGCUGUGUGGGCGGCCUUCAAGGAGGAGCAGAAGGGUGUUACCCGCACGCUCCUCGGCUUCGACGACGAUAACGCCUCCGGAAAGGAGGCUGACGGCAAAGCAGCACCGCCGCCAGAGAGAGCUGGUGAAGAAAGUGGAGUCGAGAACGAAACCAUGGAGGAAGAACUGCGGCGGUGGCGGCGACAGCAGGAGGAGCAGCUACGGCAGAGACCGGUCCCUAGGAUGACGCUCGGAACGUUCAUGGCGGAGACUCGCAGCCGGAGCCCCGACAUGGAGGCCAUGGUUCCCAUCAUGAAGUCCGUUGGAAAGACUUGCACCGCCGUGUCCCGACUCGUUCGACGCGCUCAGAUCGAAGGCAUGGCCGGCCUCCACCAAGACGACGGCGGCGGCGGCGCAGCCGGUGCCGGUUCGGGAUCGGAGUCGGUGAACGUCCAGGGAGAGGUCCAGAAAGAGCUGGACGUGCUGUCCAACAGCAUCUUUCUGACCGGCUUCUGCCAGCCGGGCGGCAUGUCGUGCGUCGCCAGCGAGGAGGAGGAGACCCCCCGGAUGUGCGCCGCGGUGGUGGGAGACGAGAUGCACGGGGGGGAAUAUGCCGCGGUGUUCGACCCCUUGGACGGUUCCGCGAACAUCGAGGCCGGGCUGCCUUGCGGCACGAUCUUCGGCAUCCUCCGGGCCUCAGGCAGCGCCCGCGAGGGACGAAAGGCGGGGCCGUCGACAGUCGUGCUCCCGGGGCGGAGGCUGGUUGCGGCGGGAUACUGCCUCUACGGGCCUUCGACGAAGCUGGUUUUCACUCUGGGCGCAGGCGUUUUUGAGUUUACGUUGCGCGGGGAGGGGGCGCAGGGGAGGGGAGGGGAGGGGGGACUCGGAGGCGGCGAGCUGGACUUCGUGCUGACGAGAUCGAACUUGAGGAUACCUAGGAGCGGAAAUGUUUACAGCGUGAACGAAGCAAACUCGGUCUCCUGGUCCGAGGCGAUCCAAGACUACUUUCAAGACCUCAAGACCACCAUGGCGACUCCCCCGCCCUCUGCUGAUGGUGUCGGAGGUGGUAUCAACGAAGAGGCGGUAGAGGUAGAGAACCGGUACGCCGGCGCGUUGGUGGCCGACAUCCACAACGUGCUCGUCAAUGGGGGAGUGUUUGCUUACCCGGCGGACGUUCGCAACCCCAACGGCAAGCUGCGGCUGCUCUACGAGGGCAACCCGAUAGCCAUGAUAGUGGAGGAGGCCGGGGGCGUUGCCACCACCGGGUUCGAGGCGAUCAGAGAUGUGCGCCCGCAAUCGGUGCACCACCGCAUCCCCGCCUUCUUCGGCAGCCCGGACGACCUGCUGCCGCUCUUAGACCCGAGAUACCUGCACUCCAAGAAGAAAAGAUGAUACCCUGGCGGUGUGUGUGGCCGGGCGGACGCAAGUAGUUAGUCGUCAAGGCACCCGCCGAGCGUUUUGUUGUAGCGCAGGAUAGCAACAUUUUCUUUUUUUUCUGGUUUGGGAACGUUGUUUUUUUCGACCGUUUUGUUUCUCCGGUUGACGAUAAUAGUGAAAACGCCCUUCCAACCACCACGCGUAGGGAUGUCAGAAGUACAUUCGCUCUUCCAGUUACGGGAAGACUCUGCUUGUGUGCCGUUUUGAUGUGUAGAGGUAACACCUUCGCGCACGUGCACCCCGAAAAAAGCGCUUUGUUGACCGGGUUGGUUGUUUUUAGGGAUGGUGGGUCGCCAAGCGUCAAGGGAGCGGCGUAUCGCUGUGUUGGUUGCGUGGUUUCAACGCCUCAUGAACAGCUCAUGAGGAUAAGGGGUUGUGACUGUUUUGGCGCGGCUAUUCUUGACCCAUCCCGUCUUCGAGACACAGCGCGAUCUCCCUCCCCCCACUCGUGUUGGUGUCGGAUCCUAUCAGCCCGUCGUGCCGUCUUCGGUAUCGCCUGUAGCUUGUCGGUUAGUUAGUUAUCCUCGGGCGUGCGUGCCUCAGUUGUUGUGCGCGUCUCCACGAGCAUAUUCUGUCUUGUUUUGCGAGCUGCGGGGGGCGGUGGCGGCCUUACCUCAAUCGCUGGUGAGCCUUUUGUGAAAGUUCUACACGUCUAGUUGGUGUGUCGUCCCGUUUGUUGGGGGCGAGUAGACCACCAUGGCGGGUCUUCCGCUUUCUCAAGUUUGCAACAUUGCUUCAGUGGAUUUUGUGAAUGGCGGAAUGCACGGGGGCGGGAAAGUUUGCGCCGUGUUUGGCUUCUCUUGACCACGCUUUAGAGUCAAUCAUAGAGCAGUUGGCAGCACGACUAUCGCUUUGUUGAGAACGUGUUACCGACAAGAGUUUCGUCGCUGGCAUAUCCGGGGAAUGGGUUGGG